GUCGCUGUAGGUAAAGUCAACAGAAUGAUAAAUUUCCUAGUCACAGUGAGCGCCGCCCUCUUGUGCUCACACGCCUUCGCUGCGAGUAGCUACUUGGGACUUGCCCAGGGAACGCCACUCGGAGGAUUUUCGCAACAUGGCACUCUUCACGGUGGCUUGAUCCCCGGUGGUCUUUAUGGCAACGGUGCGUCCCUUGUCAACUACGGACUUCCACUGGGACAUUUGCCGGGACCGAUAUACGGGAGUGGAGGCUACUUGGACUACGCAUACGGGACUGGUGCGAAUUUUGGAAAUCCUUAUGGAAAAUCAAGGUUUCUCAAAUAUUUAUACGGAAACCCCUUCGGCCUUCCCAACCCAUACGGUUCUCUACGAAACGUUGGAGUCGGUGGAGUUAACGAGGCUGAGGAUGAAACAUCGUCUACUUUCUGGAUCAGUCCCAUUCUGGAUUCCACGCAGGUCUUGGCCCUUACCCUUCGCUUCCAGGUCUGGGUGGACUGUCUCAUUAUGUUGGGCCUUACGCUGCUGGUGCUGGUUUUGGCAGAUUCAAACGAAAGGCUUUUAAGGUCUCGUAGCUCAGCCAACACGUCUUCAAGGAAUACAAAAAAGCAGGAAGCAACUUUAUAA